AAGCUUGCAGAGAGGAUGACGUCAGAGCUGGAUCGACUGCAAGGCUCGGUGACUGGAAACCUGAGAGACCUCAUCAGCAGCAGCUUUACGGGGGAUUCUGAUAGGGUAAAUUACCCCAGAAAUGACCAGCACUCGGGCAGCCUGAGCAACAGCGGGAAACUGGGAAGCGGAGGUAUUGGGGGGGGAGGGGGUGUGGUGAGUAGGGUUGGAGGCUUGGGGGCGUGGUUAGGCUCGGGAAUUGGCAGUGUCGGGAUCAAUAGCAAUAGCGGCAACAGCAGUGGCAGCAGUGGCAUCAGCAGCAGCAGGGGAGCGGGAAAUGCGGCCAUGGGGCACAUCAGAGCGUCAGUGGCGGCAGCAAUGGUGGAGAAGCUAUGGCGGCGGCACAAGGAGGCUGGUGACGUGGCUCUCCGAUUAAAUAUGGGCGUUCGGGACACUGCGAGAAGAAG